AAUCAUGAACUCCAUAGUUUCCUUGCUCCUUGUUCUUGUUGUUGUGCAGUUAAAUCCAUCUUCAUGUGACCCAGAACAUGAUUACCAUAAAGAAGAAACACAUGAGUCUUGGGAGGGAGCCACCACUCUAACACUUCCAAGUUUGUCAGACGACUUGCCGUUUGGAGAGUUUCUUUCCUCUGGUUUCUACCGCAAGAGUUGUCCUGACCUUGAAGGCAUUAUCAAUAGGAAGGUCAAGGAAUGGCUUAAGCAGGAUUUCAGCCUUGCUGCUAGCCUCAUGAGGUUGCAUUUCCAUGACUGUGCCAUCAGGGGAUGUGAUGCCUCCAUCUUAUUAUACCAUGAGGGAAGUGAGAGGACAGCUGCGGCCAGCAAGACACUAAGAGGGUUUGAACUGAUAGAUGAUAUUAAAGCAGAGGUUGAGAAGAAGUGCCCAAAGACAGUAUCUUGUGCAGACAUUUUGACUGCAGCUACCAGAGAUGCUACUGUUCAAGCUGGAGGUCCAUACUGGGCCGUCCCCUAUGGGAGGAGAGAUGGGAAAGUUUCAAUUGCCAAGGAAACUGAAAUGGUGCCAAUGGGUCACGAAAACAUCACUGCUUUGGUUGAGUUUUUCCAAUCACAGGGCUUGAAUGUACUUGACUUGGUCGUUCUCUCAGGGGCACACACCAUAGGAAGGUCUUCAUGCGGUUCUGUACAACACAGGCUCUAUAACUUCAGUGGAACUGGCAAGCCUGAUCCAUCCCUUGAUCCACAGUAUUUGAACUACUUGGAAAGAAAAUGCAGAUGGGCAUCGGACUAUGUUGAUCUUGAUGCUGCAACUCCACAUAAAUUUGACAUUGGAUAUUACACCAAUCUGCAGAAGAAGAUGGGACUUUUGUCCACAGACCAACUGUUGUAUUCUGAUCCAAGGACUUCACCUCUUAUCAAGGCUUUUGCUUACCAGCCAUCAGUCUUCUACCACCAGUUUGGAGUGUCCAUGGCCAAAUUAGGGAAUGUUCAAGUCCUCACCGAGAAAAACGAAGGCGAAAUUCGAACCAAUUGCAAUUUUGUCAACUCUUAUUAAGUGACCUUUUAAUUCUAAUGACAAGCAGCCUCAAAUCCUUACCUUGUUCUCUUUUUUUUUUACUUAACCAUAUGGUAUCUUUGAAAUUGUUGUUGUUUUUGAAUGUUUAUGCACCACCUUACAGCUAACAGAGCUGGCUUGAUAUGAUAUUGAAUUUACUUGUUCACUCAUGUUCAAUAGACAGAAAAUGGGCCUAUGAGAAAGGAAAUCUUCUCUCUCAAGCCCCUUCUUCU